AUGGCAGGAAACCAGUCCCAGUGGAAUUCCACACCUGCUGAUACUUUACAGAGCUUUUCUGUCUUCUCCCUGCUUAACUUGUCUGCUCCACCCUCUCCUCCACCCUGGAAGGCUCCCUCCUUCACUGUGGCAGCCCGCUGCCGUGUAGCAGCCACCCUGGUGCUGUUUGUGUUUGCUGCUGUCAGUAACUUGUCAGUCCUCAUCAGUGUGUGCUGGGGACGGGGCUAUCGCCUACCAGCACACCUCCGUCCACUCAUUGCCAGUUUGGCCUCAGCUGAUCUGGUGAUGACUUUUGUGGUGAUGCCACUGGAUGCCAUUUGGAACAUCACAGUGCAGUGGUAUGCCGGGGAUGUCAUGUGUAAGCUGUUGUGUUUCCUCAAGCUCUUUGCCAUGCACUCGGCUGCAUUCAUACUGGUAGUGGUGAGUCUGGACCGCUAUCGGGCUAUCCUCCAUCCUCUGGACUCUCUGGACGCUGGGCUCAGGAACAAACGCAUGCUGCUUGUGGCAUGGACUCUGAGUGUGUUGCUGGCCUCUCCACAGCUGUUCAUCUUUCGGGCCAUUAAGGCUGAUGGAGUGGACUUCACUCAGUGUGUGACCCAUGGAAGUUUCCAGCAUCGCUGGCAGGAGACGGCAUACAACAUGUUUCACUUUGUGACGCUGUAUGUCUUCCCCCUGCUUGUCAUGACUUUCUGCUACACCCGCAUCCUCACCAAGAUCAAUGGGCAGAUGCACAAGAGAAAAGAUGGUGAGCAGUGCCUUAGACGCAGUGGGACAGACAUGAUACCUAAAGCCCGGAUGAAGACCCUCAAGAUGACUAUUGUGAUUGUUAGCUCUUUUGUCAUCUGUUGGACACCCUACUACAUCCUUGGGAUCUGGUACUGGUUCCAACCAGCAAUUAUCCAACGCACACCUGAGUACAUACACCACAUACUUUUUGUCUUUGGAAACCUGAACACGUGCUGUGACCCUGUCAUUUAUGGCUUCUACACUCCAUCUUUCCGGGCCGACCUCACUGAUGUGGUGGCAUGCUGCUGCGGUCACCAAGCUGACAAUGCCUCACCUCGCUCUGUGGAUCAUCUGGCUUGUCGCAGAACUGGAGCUGCUGGGGAGAUGGAGUCUGACCUGAGUUCAAACCAGCAUAGUGGCAAUCCAAGUUAGUUCUCAACUGACCCUGAGGGGUUAAGCACUCACAAUAUACCAAAUGUCCUUAAUGUCAGCUGUUUGCUCAAGGCCUUCCAUGAGUACGUUAUUGGAUUUUAAACAGCUUCUAUUUUUGCCCUUUACAGCUGCUCUUUUGAGCUGUGGAACUGUGAUAUGAAGAGUAAAGCUUCCUCAAUAUCUCCCAUUUUAUGCUUAUGUUGCUGCAGUUUCUAAUGAUUGCCUUCACACGUUCUCUGUUGCUUCUAAUGAUGUGCUUCAACAAUUUAUUUUUAAAAUGACUCCAUAUCAGUAUGUUUGCUGUCUAGACUAACACAUUGUUCAGUGAAUCUUUUGAACUCUAUAGCUGUUUUUAGCUCUGCCAGCAGUUUCCUGCAGUACAUGAAGGCUGAUCUGCAGAAGCGCUCUGAGACAGCCACCUCACAGCUUUGUUGGUCCUCACCAGUACUAGGGAUGAUCUCCUCAAACAUAUCAAUAUGCAAUUACCUACAUUUUUUCCAGUCUCUCCCCCCCACAUACGCAAUGAGGCAUAAACAUAGUGUAGAUGCCUGUUUGUAGAUGUACCCUCUGUGUAGUCUGCACUCAGAAGUAUUUACUGGUCAUUUCUGUUCUAACCACCUACAGAUAUGAAAUUGAUGUCUAUCUUAUUAUUUCACUGUCAGAAACAAAUACAUAAAAGAAUGUCCAAGAAUGUUGACCUUUAGCUUUGACAGUCUGUGUUACCACUACCUCCAAGAGAAGACAAAGACUGCUGGCUGGAUACUUAGUGUUUCACUGCAUGUCUGUCUGUCACUGACUGAUGGUAAUUAUUGUAUAGAGAGCAAUAAGAAGUAAGACAAAGUCAUUACUGAAGACAGAAAUAGAUAUUUCACCUUUAAAAUGCACAUGUACCAAGUUGGCACUUGGCUAGAAUUAAACACAUUGUAUAUUGUAACUAUCGAUACAUAACUGCUUGUCACUUAUGCCUAUAUAUGAUUAAGAAAUGUACAAUUAUAUCUAAUUUAUACACUUAAAAAGCACACUAGUUGACACAACUGUAUCACAUAAUAUCUGUAUAUUUGUAAACUGCAUAUUCUAGCUGAAAUAGCAUGAAACCAGUUGGAGACUGAAUCAAACCCCUGACACUCUGGAUACUUGGCGACCCGCUCUAUUUCCUGUGCCCUGAACUCUAGAGACAUGUUGUGUGUGAAAAGCUGAUGUUUGAUGUGAACCUUAACUAAAGCUCCUGGUCUACAUCUGACCCUCACCUGCAGGAUUUGAUGCAUAGCAGUGCUGCCUCAUGAUUGCCUGAUAAGAUAAUUGCAUGAAUAAGCAGGUAAAUGGAUGUUCCUAUACUUACAUUAUUAUUAUCUUAGUGCAAGUAGGUUUGAUGUUAAGUAUAACACAGAUUCUCAUAAUUGCUCAAUAAAA